AUGUUCCGCUUCAUGAGGGACGUGGAGCCUGAGGACCCCAUGUUCCUGAUGGACCCCUUUGCCAUUCACCGUCAGCACAUGAACCGGAUGUUGUCGGGCGGCUUUGGAUACAGCCCCUUCCUCAGCAUCACAGAUGGCAACAUGCCAGGGACCAGGCCUGCCAGCCGCAGGAUGCAGGUAGCUGGGGCUGUCUCCCCCUUCGGGAUGCUGGGAAUGUCGGGCGGCUUCAUGGACAUGUUUGGGAUGAUGAACGACAUGAUAGGGAACAUGGAGCACAUGACAGCUGGAGGUAAUUGCCAGACCUUUUCAUCCUCCACUGUCAUCUCCUACUCCAAUACGGGCGCUGGCGCGCCCAAGGUCUACCAAGAGACAGCAGAGAUGCGCUCGGCCCCAGGCGGGAUCCGGGAGACUCGGAGGACUGUACGGGACUCGGACAGUGGGCUGGAGCAGAUGUCCAUUGGGCAUCACAUCCGAGACCGGGCUCACAUCCUGCAGCGCUCCCGAAACCACCGCACGGGGGACCAGGAGGAGCGGCAGGACUAUAUCAACCUGGAUGAGAGUGAGGCCGCCGCCUUUGAUGAUGAGUGGCGGAGGGAGACUUCCCGAUACCGGCAGCAGCGCCCCCUGGAAUUUCGGAGGCACGAGGCUUCAGGCGGUGGGGGGCGGAGGGCUGAGGGGCCUCCCCGCCUGGCCAUCCAGGGACCCGAGGACUCCCCCUCUCGACAGUCCCGCCGCUAUGACUGGUGA